AUGGUUGUCCUUCUCCCGGAUGAUUGGCGGGAGUCUGGCGAGCCCAACCUACCCAUGGACAGACACACUUUGUUUGAUUCUUCAGUUGAAAUCUGUCUGGAGAUCCUAUCGGAGGCAUUUAUCACCGCUAAUGGAGUAAAUCGAGAGAAACGAGGUUAUCAGUUGGAGGAACGAAUAAGACUACCAACUAGACGAACAAUUGCCCAAAUACGUAACAAUCAGGAAAUUGGUGACAGUGAUAAUGUUGACAAUACUGGCGAGGACGGAGAUGAUGAACUGAUGAAUCAACUUGAUGACUUGGAAUUGGCAAUUUUGGCACGAAUUGUGCGGGGCCAACUAGAUCGAUAUGAUCUCGGUUUACCCGUUGACGAAUAUCGGAUUGUUAAAUUACCCCGCAAUUCAAUUAGACGGCCGAUAUUACCAUACACCGCGGAAAUCGGUGGCAAUGAAGACGAAUUAACCAUGGCUAAUGACGACCAACCGAAAAUUGCACUAUCGAUUAUCGAGCUGCCUGAGGAUGAAAUUCAUGAAACCGAAAAAGAAAGUGAAGAGAUACCCAAGUACGUUUUGAUACCAGCAGAAGAAAUGAUCACAGUACCAAACAACGUGAUAGAAGAGGAUUUGGUACCAGUUGAUGAGGAUGCAUUAAAUGACCUGGAACUCCGAAACAGGAUAGCUGUGCUAGCUGAUGCCUUAAAUGAGCGUGCUACUCGAGGCUUAUAAAAAAAAAACGGAAAAUGAAAUGUUCCUGAGGAACUCCAAGAAACUUCAAAGAGACAAUCUGUCAUUUAUGGUAUUUAUUUUAUCUACAAAAUGUCACUUUUAAGUACAAUCAAUCGUUCCUUACUCUUACAUUUCUAAAAUAUUGUC